AGAAUAGAACAUUCUCCUAUAUAAGCAAUAAAAUACUCUUUGGAACAGAACUACCUCACCUCACCUCAACGAACGUUCCGAUAUAGCGCCCGUUUCCUAUCUGUUCCUACAUCUUUAUUUUGUGUUUGUGACUUUACUUUGUGUGUUACGCCUAGGAAGGCUAUUCAGAAAAUCAUGUUAGAUUUGAUUGGAAACUAGAAUGAGUCACCGGGCCGCCCCGCCGGCAACCGCUUUUAUGCAUCUAUAGUCGGCAAUUAGAUAACGUUCGUUCUUGAUGUACAUUGUAUUACAGUGUGUGUUUUAUCUUCCUGAUAAUACGCCGCUGUUUCACGCUGAGAUGGCGUCAGUUCUUCCAAUUACGAUAGCCGGUGACAACCUGGGCAAGAGACAUCAACAGCUGAAUAGCCUGGUCAACGAGUGUUAUAAACAACAAAUACCCCUCGAUUCAGUCCUCAAUACCAAAGAACUAUCGCCCGUAGACCGUUUUUUCAUAAUCGAUUUAGCUUCUCGACACAAAACUGUAGAUUACAUCUUGAGAACCUUAAAAGAUGAAGAUAUGCUUUACGUUAGCCGAGCUUUGAAGUCCACUUGGCUUCUUGAUAUAGAAUACAAACACAUAAUAAACCCAAUAUAUUUAGAAGAUGUUUUAUAUCCAGAAAUGAUAACGACAGCUGUUACGAAAAUGAAAAAUUGGGUACAACACCAUUUAAAAGAUACGUCGCGUUGCGAAGAAUUUUAUCAGUAUUAUUUUGAUAAGGAUGUAAACUUGUCCAUACGCUUCCUUUGGCAUUGUUCGAACGAUUUCAUAUUGAUUAAUUUCAAGCACGUAAUGGAUAAGAUAAAACCGAAGCAGUUUAAAAAGAUUUGCGAAUAUUGCCCGGAAAUCGCUAAAGUAUUUUUUGAUAGUUUAGAAAAUAACAAAACCAUGUAUACUAGAUACACGUCUAAAGAAAAAGAGUUCUUUGUUGCUUUGAAAACUCUGCUCAAGAAGAGCCCGGCAAUGUAUUUGGACAUUGUUGAGAAGUACUUCAAUACCGAUUAUUUUGGGAAAAUGAGCCCAGAAGCUACCAAAUUCAUUAUGGAAAACCAUAAAGACAGAUUCAAUAAGAAGCCUGAACUAUACGCAUCGCGACUUCUUGAUAUAAAAACACUAGCCAAGUUAUUGAAUGCUGAAGAGAUUAAAGAGCUUGUUAUCAAGUUAGCAAGAGCAUCGUACCUUUCGCAUUGGUUUGAGUAUAAAAGCGUGGAGCCGUUUAUUAAGGUCUUGAGUGCCGAUGAGAGGAAGUCUUUUAAAAAGAAGAUAUUUGUCGAUAAAGACGUCGGGGAAAAAGUGGAGAAAUGGCCAUAUGAAAUUCCGAAGUCACCAUACAAUAUUUAUCGUGACGAAUCUACUAUAUUCAAUGAUUGCGAGCAUACUCCCGAUGAAUAUCUCCGCAUGGAUGUACAACUUAUGGAUUACACAAUGUUAGAUGCAAGCCCAUGCUCAGAUUUUUGUAAUACGAAAAUGUGUCCGAGAAAAACUUCUCUCGAUGUCCUUUACGAAACAUAUCGAUUUGAUGGUUUUGAAAAGACGUUUAGUGAGUUGAAAAAGAAUAUGACUAUGGCAGAUAGUAAGCAUCGACAGUACAUGAUGCUUGUAUUAGUAAGCAAAACUGGAGGGCGAACCGAACACCUAGAAGAGCUAUUAAAGUUUCUCGUUAAGCAUGAGAAUGAACCUGACAACUUUCGAGCUACGAUAGUUCGCAGUUUGGUACGCCGUUCUAAUGUCUGGCGAGUGUCGCAAUCUUAUUGGGAUUUAUUUAUGGUUUUUGCGCACGAUAUAGGAUUGGAUGGCAAACCAUCAACGGUUCCUUGCAAGGAAGGUAUUCACGCAGUCGUGUUGCGAAAAUUGUUGGAGGAUGCUCCAAUAGAUCCACUCGUUUGGGACUUAUAUGUGAAAAAUUUUUCAGACUUAAAAGAGUAUUCCUUAAACAAGGAUGAAAAAGAAAUCGUUAAAUCAAAGCUGCCUGUCUUGCUUCUUUCUGCGGCGCAAGCUUUUUUGAAUUCAGACGAUCCAGCAGUGAUUUCUAAAGCUACUGAAAAUCUUAAUAUGAUGAUCGAUAUUAACCGCACAUUCAGGUACAGCUUCGAUAAUCCCCAGUUUAAUGAGACUAUGGCAAAAGCUGUUCGCAAAGACAAAGACGCAGAACAAUUGUUGAAACGUCUGUUUAAUGCUAAAAUAAACAGGAGGAAAUUGUUUCAGGAAAAUUUUGCUGUUAUACAGAAUAAUGCGUCAUAUUUAAACGCUUUAAAACAUGACAUAAAACUUCUAGAAUCGGCGAAAGAAUUUAAGAUUUUGGUGGAAAAAGGCACGUUAAAACACGACAAGUUUCUAGAGAAGUUAGCAUUAUACUUUAAUGAAGGAAAUGGACUAGCUGAGAAGUAUCUUUCAGUUUUAGAGAAGGCUAUAGAAAAAUCGCCUAGAAAGACGUAUGCGAGACCCAUUGCAAUAUUAGCUGGGAAGAGAAUCUUGUCAAUCGUUGAAAAUCUUGAUAAAGCACCAAAGUACAGUGAUGCCAAGAAAUUUGGCGCAGUUUUAAGAGGAAAUGUUCAUAAGUCCAGACCAUUGAUUAAUUUAAAUGCCGUUGAUUGGCGGUGGCUUGGAGCAAAAUGUAUCGCCAAUCGAAAAUUAAAUACUAGCAAGAAGGACGCUAAUGAAAAUAUUGAUAAAUUACUAUCUUGGAAUAGAACGACAAAACUAGCUGUUUUCUUGGCAAUGAAGAUAGGGAAAGAAGCAGAGGUUCUAGCGAAAUUUGCUGAAAGAAGACCAAGAUGUGCAGUCAGGAUUGUUACAAAGCAUUGGUCCCCGUUUAAAAUGGAUGCGAAAGUUUGGGAUGUCCUGUUGAGUUUGAUUCGGACUAUGAAUAUAUCUGAAUUAAAACCAAAUUUGCGGUCUUCCUUAAUAUUGGCACAAGUUCCAAAGAACUUAGAACAGCAGUAUUAUGCGGCCUUAUAUGAAGCCUUUAAAAAGGAUUUCAAAUAUCAUGCAUGUGCUGCAUUAUGCGUCUUAGAAAACAAUUUUCCAGACGUUGAUAGUAGUACUGUAGAAAGUAUACUUACGAAUUAUUUAAAAGAAGAUGUUAUGGAGGAUAAUUUAAAAAAUCAGAGCUACAGUUCUUGUUGGUGUCAUAAAUUAUAUAUAAGAGUUAUUGCGAAAUUCUUGUUACUCAGUAAAAACGAAGAUGAACUGAAGCACCGAUUUACGACAGUUGGCGAGCCAUUUUUUAAGACGAUUAGUGAUUUUAAGAAAGUAAACGAGGCAGACCCAGAAUCAAAAACCGAAAACGCAAAUGUCAAGGAUUUUUUGGAGACAUUCACAAGGGCAUUGAGGUGGAACAGACUAUUCUUGAAAAGUCAGGAUGCCCUAUGUUUAAAAGUCCAGGAAGUGAUUACUGACAGAAUGCAGAAAAUUUGGCCCUUAGACAUGUACUUCGAGAGCUACGUCGGUAUGCAUCUAACAAUGCUCUAUUUCAAAUCUAUAAGACAAGGUAUGAAAAACAAUCCUAAAACGUUUGAAAAGUUGCCAGAGCAAGCCGACGAAGCCGCAGAUAUAGUAGGCGUCUUGCUGGGAAAGUAUGUCGCUCGCGAAAUUUUGCAAUUGAUUGAUAAAUAUUUCGACAGUAUCAAACAUUUGUAUAAGGUGUGCUUCUAUAAUGAUUUGCAAAAUAAAUUCGACUAUAACAAUAACCGGAACAUUUUCGUAACGUCGAUAGUAAAAGGUAUAUUGAGUGAACAGAAUGGAAAUUCGUACGUAUUAGCAGAACAUUUAUUCAGUAAUGAACGUCAUAACAUCCCGGAGACUUCGCGUAAGGAAAUAUUAGAAUUACUGAAACAUUGUAACUAUCAAGAGGUCGAGUUCUUUUUGUACUCUAAUUUGAAAUAGCUACUUUAAUGUACUUUUAUCGUUACACACUUUGUAUUGUAAACGCAGGUAUUAAACUAAAUUUCAAUUGUUUUGACUCUUUUCUAAAUUGGAGUAAUUUUUUACGUUUGAUUGAACCUUUAACUAAGAGUUUUAAAGUUCAAUAAAUUACAUAUAGCUAUGUUAACUU